CAAAAACUCAACAUAACCUUAGGAAGAUGGCCGGGAAAGCAUCAAGCUCUCAAGCCAGUGUUGGUGGUUUAGGAUCUGGAGCUUUGUCGCAUGUUUUCAUACAAUAUCCCCCUCUACGUUGCAACAUUCCUGGAUCAAGAGGUUUCUAUUAUGAUGAUGGAAAUAAGUUGCUUAUCUCUUCUACAUCUGAUCAGGUCUUUUCGUGGAAAACUACUCCCUUUUCUCCUCUUGCUGCCUCUACCACUGAUUCAAUAGAUGAAGGGCCUAUCUGCUCCAUCCGGUUUUCUCUAGAUGAAAAGUUUAUAGCAGUCCAACGAUCCAACAUAUUGAUACAAUUUUGGCAUAGAGAAACAGGGGAAACUUUCACUCACAGGUGCAAGUCUGAGUCGGAGAAUAUACUGGGGUUUUUCUGGACAGAUUGUCCGUCAUGUGAUAUUGUAGUUGUAAAGACCAGUGGGUUGGACUUGUUUGCUUAUGAUUAUGCCUCAAAGUCACUUGCCUUGGUGGAGGCAAGGAAAUUAAAUGUGAGUUGGUAUGUCUACACGCACGAGAGCAGAUUGGUUCUUCUUGCUUCAGGAAUGCAGUGCAAGACAUUCAAUGGCUUGCAGCUUUCGUCUGCUGGGAUUAUUCGAUUACCAAAGUUUGAGAUGGUAAUGGCUAAAUCUGAAGCUAACAGCAAGCCUGUCCUUGCUUCUGAAGAUGUCUAUAUUGUCACUGUCUAUGGGAGAAUAUACUGUUUGCAAGUUGAUAGAGUUGCAAUGGUACUGCACUUGUAUCGGUUUUACCGUGAUGCUGUUGUCCAACAGGGUUCUUUACCAAUCUAUUCGAGCAAGGUUGCUGUGAGUGUGGUUGAUAAUGUACUACUUGUUCACCAAGUAGAUGCAAAGGUUGUUAUACUCUAUGACAUAUUUGCAGAUUCUCGAGCUCCCAUAUCUGCUCCACUUCCUGUACUGUUGAGGGGUUUUCCAAGGUCCAAUAUUUCUACAUCUCGACCUAGCAGCAAAGAAAGUGAAAGCUCAGAGGCCUCUCAUACAAAUGAUCAUGAAGCAAUUAUUUAUGGAGAUGACUGGACCUUUUUGGUUCCUGACCUUAUUUGUGAUGUUACCAAUAAGCUUUUAUGGAAGAUCCACUUAGACUUGGAGGCAAUUUCUGCUAGUAGCUCAGAAGUUCCAUCAGUAUUGGAAUUCUUGCAAAGACGAAAGCUGGAAGCUAAUAAGGCUAAACAACUAUGUUUGGGAAUUACACAAACAGUGAUUCUAGAACGCAGACCUGUCACCAUGGUUGCCAAGGCAAUGGAUGUAUUAGUCACCUCAUAUUCCCACUCUCUUAAAACUGGCAGUUAUUUAAAGGGAUUAAAGACUGAGAGGGCUCCCUCAAGCGUGCCAAAUGUGAGUGGCCCAGGACAAGGCAUUGAUGUAUUCACCAACAGAACAGAUGGCCUUGGAAAAUCCAUCCAACAUGAAUCUGCUUCCAGAGUCAACAGUGUUGGUAGGCCUUCAACUUAUUCUUCUUCAGAGACUGAGGAUAGUUCCAGCGUUGAACCAUUGAAAACCAGCUCAAAUGGUACAAAAUUUGUUGCUGGCAAAGUGGUUAUGGGUGCUGAAAGUUGUACCACUGAAGCUCAGUCAUCAUCCUUCUCAUCUCAAUUUCCAGGUCCUAGUAGUAAUCCAUUAAAUGCUAGUGUUUCUGAGCAGCAGGAGUCUCAGCUCAGUUCACCUGCAAUUUCACCUGAUGAGAUGUACAAAUUUGUCUUUGCUCCUAUCGAGGAAGAGAUGGUUGGAGAGCCUUCUUAUCUGGUUGCCAUCAUUCUUGAGUUUUGUCGAAGUGCUAGUUUGGAAAAGGUCAAAGUGCAUCCAAAUCUAUACGUGUUAACUAUUCAACUAUUGGCCCGUAGCGAGCGAUAUGCAGAACUGAGUUUGUUUAUCAUAAACAAGAUUAUUGAGCCCUCAAAAGAAGUUGCUCUACAGCUGCUAGAGUCGGGUCGUCAAAAUUUUCAAAUUAGGAAGCUGGGUUCAGAUAUGCUAAGACAGCUCUCUUUACAUCAUGAUUAUGUGUUGUUACUUGUGCAAGAUGGAUAUUAUCUUGAAGCUUUACGUUAUGCACGGAAGCAUAAGGUCACUACUAUUCGGCCCUCAUUAUUUCUUGAAGCAGCAUUUACCUCUAGUGACUCGCAACAUCUGGCUGCGGUUUUGAGAUUCUUUUCAGAUUUUCUUCCUGGCUUUCGAAGCACUACAGAUUUCUUUACAUACUACCACAUUCUCAAUGAGAUGAACUCUUCAGUAGCUGCUUGAGAUCUAAUAAGAAGAUGACAACGUGUAGUUGCCAGUCAUAUUUAUGGCAAUGCCAUCUGCUAUGUAAUUGUGAUCACCUCUCAAUGAAAGCACACCAACUAUCUCAAUCCUAAGACUAAGAACAUCAAAAAGAACAGUUGAAGUAGAGUCCUAUCAAGGGAGGAGGAGCAGCAGAAGUAGCAUGCUUUUUUUAGUUUGCAUCCAUUUUUCCCACUUCUAAUGAAUAAGUGUUUGUUGAUCGUCAUGUUACUUUUCCAAGUCCAGCUUUUCUAAGUCUUAAACUCACUAGCAGUGUUUUGUAUCUAGGACUUUUUAAGAACAUCGACACUCAAGGGAAAGUUACAUUAGAGUUUCUACAGAUCUGGAAAAUGAUGAUCAGUUGUUUGAUACACGUUUUUAUGGUAUUCCCUUUUUUCGCUUUGUA